ACUAUCAGGAGAAGACAAGGAUUUAAGAGACACCAACAAGACCGCGGAGUACAAAGUGAUGAAACUUUUUUGAGUUUUUCCUCAACGUCUUUUGGGGAUAUCAUUGCGCACGACGAAUGCGAACAUCCACUUAGAACUGGAAAGCAAACUCUCGAGAAGAAAUGGCACAUCUACACCUCAGAUACCUCACGGCUCUGGCCCUAUUGCACGUAGUUUUGUCCUCUGGUGUGUUUGAGCUGAAAAUUAACUCAUUCCACACGGCGCAGCGCAUGUGCAGAAGACACAGGGACUGCCAUAUAUUUUUCCGAAUUUGCCUAAAACACCCGGAGGAUGUGAUCUCUGCAGAGCCGCCUUGCACCUUUGGCACCGGGCACACCAACGUCAUCAGGGCAGACCACACGUCGAUUUCUAGCAGCGCUCCCAUCAGGGUGCCUUUCCACUUCAAAUGGCCGGGAACAUUUUCGUUGAUCAUUGAAGCCUGGAACGCUGAAUCCCCUACUGAAUACACAGACAACCAAAACAACCUCGUGAGCCGUCUGGCAACCCGGAGGAGACUUACCAUCGGCGAGGACUGGUCCCAGGACGUUCACUUUGGGGAGCAGAGCGAGCUGCGCUACUCUUACCACGUCUUCUGCGACGAGUACUACUUCGGAGACGGCUGCGCAGACUACUGCAGGCCGAGAGACGACACGCUGGGUCACUACACCUGCGACGAGGAGGGCAACCGCAUCUGCCUGGAGGGCUGGAAGGGAAACUACUGCUCUGAGCCCAUCUGCUCGGCGGACUGCAGUGAGAAGCACGGCUACUGCGAGGCCCCUGGGGGCUGUACGUGUCGCAUGGGCUGGCAGGGCCCCUCCUGCAAUGAAUGCGUCCGCUACCCAGGCUGCCUCCACGGGACGUGCAGCCAACCGUGGCAGUGUAACUGUCAGGAGGGCUGGGGGGGCCUCUUCUGCGACCAGGACCUCAACUACUGCACCAACCACAAGCCCUGCGCUAACGGGGCAACCUGCACCAACACGGGCCAGGGCAGCUACACCUGCACCUGCCGGCCCGGCUUCGGAGGCACCAACUGUGAGCUGGAAACCAACGAGUGCGACAGCAACCCCUGCAAGAACGGAGGCAGCUGCAAUGACCUGGAGAACGACUACUCUUGCACCUGCCCGCAGGGUUUCUAUGGUAAAAACUGCGAGAUCAUUGCCAUGACAUGCGCUGACGGUCCCUGCUUCAACGGUGGCACCUGUGUGGAGACGAUGACCGGAGGCUACACCUGCCGCUGCCCCCCCAGCUACACUGGCUCCAACUGCGAGAAGAAGCUGGACCGCUGCAGCAACAGGCCCUGUCUGAAUGGUGGAGAGUGUCUGGACCUUGGCCAAAGUGUUUUGUGCCGCUGUCAAGCGGGCUUCACUGGUGCCAACUGCCAGGUCAACAUAGACGACUGCGCCUCAAGCCCCUGCCAGAAUGCCGGAACCUGCCAAGAUGGUGUGGACGAUUACACCUGUUCCUGCACCCUGGGGUACACCGGCAAGAACUGCAGCGUGCGCUCAGAUGCCUGUGGCGCCCGUCCGUGCCAGAACGGUGGCACUUGCUUCACACACUUCACCGGGCCAGUGUGCCAGUGCCCUAAGGGCUUCAUGGGUCCGAGCUGUGAGUUCACGCUCCAGCCCAGCUUCAAGCCCGCUCUGCGCCAAACCUCCCAGCCCUCCUCCGCUACCCUCACUGUCUCUUGCAUCCUGGCCGUCCUGGUGCUGGUUCUGGUGGCGGGUAUCAUCUUCUUGAGGAGGAGGAGACUGCAGGGGAGGAAGCAGCUGAACGACAGUGCAGUCUACAACGACUUGGAGACAGUUAACAACCUGGGAGGUAGCGAAAGAGAAGCCUUCCUCGUUCCCAACGGCUUGUUCAAGAUCAGCAACAGCACGGCCCACCUCAGCCUCUCCCUCUGCCCCGACGGAAGAUCCGGGUACAGGCACACCCCCGUGGAGAGCAGCCUGGUCAGAGGCGAGCGUCAGGACUUUAUGUGGAGGGACGAGGCCGGCCUGGGCUCUGCAGUGGGGCUGAGAUGAAACAGAGAAAACGCGGACGUUCACACAGGCGUAGGAGAAUAUUAGCACUUGCUGCUCCUCUCUCUUCAUGCACAGUGAAGAGAGGAGCAAACCCAAGAAACAAAAUAUUGACAAAUGAACUAUUAUGAUGAAGAUGAUUUUACAAAGAUUAUUGAAAAAGUAUAUGGGGCAAAGCUCUUCCGCGUUUAAGACCCAAAGAAACAAAUAAUAUGAGUCACUCUACAUAGGACCUACAACACAAACCAAAUACAGGAAGUCACAACAGUCUUGGAAAACCUGCCCAAAAAAUAUGUUUUAUUGGGUUUUUGUUUUUAAUACGUUCACUUUGUUUAAUUCUUUCUCAUUUUUUUUUAAAUACAGAAUUUUUGUUUCGCUUUUCAAUCUUCCUUUGGCCAUUAUUUCCUUAUUGUGCGUACCAUCAUUCUUAUUAUUUAUAUUAUUUAUUUAUUUGAAAACGUGUUUAUGGCCUGACUUUGAUUGUCACAGAUGUAGAAAUAUAUAUUUAUAUGAUGAUGCUGAAUGAAGACCGACUCUUGAUGUUGUACCUGGAUGUUUUAUGGGCUGUGAAGGCUGUGUGAAAUAUCCCAAAGAUAUUCAGUGC